AUGAAUACCCGCUCUCCCCUCGAGAGUCCGCUCGGUGCCGUCGUCCUCUCGAUCGCAUUCAACGAUGAUUGCAGUUGCUUCGCCGUGGGACUCAACACAGGGUUCUGCAUUUUUCAUUCCGAAACAUGCUCUCUGCGGACAACAAGAGACUUCAACGCAGGAGUCGGCUUGGUCCAGAUGAUGGGCAAAGCUAACUACGUCGGUCUCGUUGGCGGCGGUAGACAGCCCAAGUUUGCAGCAAAUAAGGCAUGCCUAUCCACUUCAGCUCUUAACAACGCGUGCGACCUCAUUCUCUGGGACGACCUGAAGAGCAAGGCGGCACUGGAGAUCAGCGCCCUGACGCCCGUCCGGGGCGUACAGCUGUCCAAAGAACGGAUCCUGGUGGUACUGCAGAACAGCGUCCGCGUCUACAAGUUCGCUAAGCCGCCGCAGCUGUUGUCGGCAUAUGAGACCGCCAACAACCCUUGGGGCCUGUGCUGCUUGUCCGCGAAGCGCAUCGCCUUCCCAGGCAGGUCGGUAGGACACGUGCAGCUCGUCGAGACCGCGACGGGCAACGUCAGCAUCAUCCCCGCGCACUCGUCCGCCAUCAAGGCCAUCCAGUUGAGCCGGGAUGGCGAGCUCCUGGCCACAGCAUCCGAGACGGGGACUCUCAUCCGGGUCUUCGCAACCAGCAACUGUGCCCGGCUGGUGGAGCUCCGGAGGGGCAUCGACCCGGCCACCAUUUUCUCCCUGGCCUUCAGCCCGUCCGGGACCAUGCUUGCGUGCACCUCGGACAAGUCUACGUUGCACAUCUUUGACGUGCCCCAUCCGAAUCGGCGCGGCGGCGAGGGAAAAGGCAAGUGGGGGUUCCUGUCCAAGAUCCCGAUGAUGCCGCGCGUGUUCUCGGACGUGUACUCGUUCGCGUCGGCGCCGUUCGAGGCGGACGACGACGAGGCGGCGCUGGUCGGCGGGGCUCUGCCGGUGUCGGAGAGCACGACGCUCGGCACGUCGCGGCCGCCCAAGGGCGUCGUCGGCUGGGUCAGCGAGUCCACGCUGCUGGUCAUCGGCGCCGGCCGCGACGCCCGCUGGGAGCGGUUCGUCCUGCAGGAGGGCCUCGACGGCCGCCGGCACUGCGUCAGGGAGGGCUGGAAGCGCUAUCUCCCUGGCCAUUGA